CCAACCCGACAACUCCCGCAACCACGCCAUUCCUUUCUUGUCAGUCGUCAUCAACCUCCGUCCAGAUCGGAUACUUUGCCGGCCGAAGGGAGAGAGAUCCGAUGGGGGCGGUGGUGACGGCCGUGAUAGCGAUCGCGGCGGUGGUGCUGGGCUGGAUCACCAUCGAGAUGGCCUGCAAGCCCUGCCUCGAGACCGGCCGCCGCGCCAUGGACCGCGCCCUCGACCCCAACUACGACCCCGACGACGCAUCCCCCACCGCCAACGCCAACGCCAGCUCCACCGCCGCCGAGCCGCUCCUCGCCGACCUCUCCGCCGCCUCCGCCGCCGCCGCCGCGCCCGCCAAGGCCAUCUGAGGAUCUGCCCCUGUUGCCUUCCUUCCUCGCCUCCGACGCCAGCGCUAGGACUCGUCUCUUCCUCUGCUCUAGCAUCUGCAUCUCUAUGUAUGUGUGCUGCCUUCCUUUGUGUUCUGCUCUUGUGGUUUUUGGUUAUGGAAUGACAAGAACAGAAAAAACUGCUUGUUAUACAGUAUAAGCUGUUGAGAAAUGAGAUGGGGUGGUGAUCUGUA